AGCCAACACACACGGAGAAAAGUUCGUUUCGAUUAAAAAAAAAUAUUAUUUAAUUUUGAAGCUAAAUAAUUCAAAAAUUCAGUAAAAGCUCUGCUAUCAAAUAUGUUUAAAACCAAUUGAUUUUAGUUACGCUAUCGAUUUUUUCACUAUCGAUCUUUUUUUUUCUUUUUAUUGCCGGCCGAUAAAUGUUGUGGGAAUAUUAGAAGAGAGAAGGAAAUGAGUUCAAACUUUAAAGUUAUAAAACAUUGUGUAAUAGAAAAAUAAGAUUUUAAAAAAUAUAGAAUUUAUACGAUUUAGGCAGUAAUAUAAUUGGAGGAAAAGAAACUAUGAAUGAUUUAACGAAAAAAUAUAUAAUUGAGCAAAAUGACGCAUUUGGAAGAUACCUAACAGCAGCAGCAGAUAUUAAAGCCGGCGAAACAUUUUUGUUAGAACAGCCGAUAUUAUUGUUGGCAUCUAAUGGCGAUAGACGUUGCACGAAUUGCCUGAAAUUGACAACAGAAUUUUGCAGAAUUUGCCAGGUAUUUGCGCUCUGCGACAACUGCGCUUCUCACAAUGAAUACGAUUGUGGUUUACUUGCCGGAAUGAAGGAUAUACAGGUGGAUCUCGUCAAGGAAAAUCCACUCAUUUAUGGACUACUUAAAUGUCUGCUAUUGCGUGAGAAUCCAGAAAACACAGCAUAUUAUGGGCAACUAAUUCAAAUGGAGUCACAUUUAGAAGCACGACGUGGUAGUGAAAUUUGGCGAGACCUACAGCAACGUGCAGUCGAGCCAUUACUUCAGUCAGGCCUAACAAAAUACUUGAAAGAUACACAGAGCGUGGAUGAAAAUUUGCUCCACAAAUACUUAGCUAUAAUCGAUGUCAAUUGCUUUGAGAUACGGGCACCGGAUGAAGGUCAAUUACGCGGUAUCUACCCGCUUGCGGCGCUUAUGGCGCAUAAUUGCGUAUCGAAUGUACAGGCCAGCAUUGACGAGCACUAUCAAAUGAAGGUAUAUGCAAGGUGUGAUGUUUCGAAGGGCGCUCUGCUCUACAACUGCUAUACAAAUGUGCUAUUGGGCACUGACGAGCGACGUCAUCUGCUAAAGGUGGGUAAGUAUUUCGAUUGUAAGUGUGCGCGUUGCGAGGAUCCCACUGAGCUGGGUUCACACAUGAGUAGUUUCAUGUGCGCGCGCUGUGCUGACAAUAAACGCGCGGGUUUUAUUGUAAAGAAAAAGAAGGAGCCAGCGCAAGGGCAGCAACAGACAGCAAAACAAACGAAAAGUUCGGCAACCAAACAACUGUGGCUGUGGCAAUGUCAACAGUGUGAGCACACCCUAACGGCGGAAACUGUAGAACAACUAAUAGAACGUGCCAAAGAGGAAAUGUUUCACGCCAAAGAUGAUGUGACACGCUAUGAGCUUUUGCUAUCGAAACUCACGCGCUACUUUCACCCAAAUCAUUACCUGCUGUUGGACAUAAAACAGAAUAUAGCUGCCAUCUUACGUUCGAUACUACAGAAUUUUUCACUGCAACCGGGCCGUAAGGUGUACGAGCGAAAAGUGCGUCUCUGUCAGGAUAUAUUUGGCAUUUUGCAAAUAAUAUUGCCGGGGAUUUCACGUCUGAAAGCAAUUGUGCUCUACGAGAUGGCCAAUACAACGGCAGAGUUGCAUCGCAUGCGAUACGAACAGAAGGAGUUGCAGAAGAUGGAGUUGGUGGCUCUUCUAAAACACAUAGAACAGAUGCUGCGCGAGGCUAUUCGCAUGUUGUUAUAUGAACCACCAGAUACACCGGAAGGUCAGAUGACUAAAAACAUGCUGAAGGAACUGAAGGAUCUGCAAAACGACAUAAAAUACUUGGAGGAAAAUCAAUGAUCAAAAUAAUAAAUUAACUAGAGAAAGUUUUUGCCAGAUUUGUACGCAAGAAAAAGAUGAAUAAAUAAAUUGUGUGCUUAGA